UUGCUGUUUGACCUGGUUGAUGAUCUCCAUGAUGCCUGCAGCUGUGGUUCUCUGGAUCUUCUCAGCAGUGAUCUAUGUGGGGAGAGGUGAUCCCCAGCCAUGCCGUGCUCAAGGAGCCACAGAGGAGAGCUACAACAGAUCAUCUCUGGUGAUUUCAGCCAACAAAGACUUUGCCUUCAGUCUGUACAGGGAACUGGCCAAUUCUGAUUCUCAAAGAGAAAACAUCUUCUUCUCACCUGUUUGUGUUUCUGUCAUCUUGGCUGCUUUGUCUGUUGGGGCACGAGGAGACACCCACCAACAGAUUUUUGAUGGUCUGGCUUUCAGUAACUUCAAUCUGUCCCAAACAGAUGUAAACCAGGGUGUCUGUCAAAUUGUUAGAAUCGAACAGGCAAAUGAGGGCAUCAGUGCAGGUAAUGCUGUGUUUGUAGACCACCUGUUCAACCCCCUGCCUGAGUUCCUGGAGGUCUUGGAGCACUUUUAUUUCACUGAGGGCUUCACUGUUGACUUCAGCAAAACUACAGACUCCAUCAACACCAUCAAUGAAUACGUUUCACAUCAAACCAAUGGAAAGAUCAAGGAAGUGGUCGACAGUCUGUAUCCAAAUACAGUCCUGUUUCUCCUCAGCUACAUUUACUACAAAGGAAAUUGGGUGACUGCAUUUAAUCCUGCCCUGACAAAGAUGGACGAGUUUCAUGUAGCUGAAAAUGAGACGGUUUUAGUCCAGAUGAUGAAAACCGAAGAAUCCUUCUAUCUUUAUGAUGYAGCAAUCAGCACCUCAGUCCUCCACCUUCCCUUCAACAAGUCCUGCUCCAUGUUGCUGCUGAUGCCUGAUGAUAUGAGAACCCUGGAGAACAUCAUCAGUCCAGCUCAUGUCACUGAAUGGUUGAGGGCUGAAAAGUCCAGGUACUGCAACGUUUAUAUUCCAAAGUUUUCCAUCAAGACCUCCUACGUGCUGAAUGACGUGUUAGAGAAAAUGGGAAUGACUGACAUGUAUGUUGAUGCAGAUCUGAGUGGGAUUUCAAAGGUGCAUGACUUGGCUGUCUCUGAG